GGGGAGUUGCUGAGCCCGUGUCGAUGUGAUGGAUCAGUGAAGUGCACACACCAGCCAUGCCUGAUCAAAUGGAUUAGCGAGAGAGGCUGCUGGAGCUGUGAGCUGUGUUACUACAAGUAUCACGUCAUUGCCAUAAGCACAAAGAACCCUCUGCAGUGGCAGGCCAUCUCUCUGACAGUCAUUGAGAAGGUUCAGAUAGCAGCGGCCAUCCUGGGUUCCCUUUUCCUCAUCGCCAGUAUCUCGUGGCUCAUCUGGUCGACAUUCAGUCCUUCAGCCAAAUGGCAGCGCCAGGACCUGCUCUUCCAGAUCUGCUAUGGAAUGUACGGCUUCAUGGACAUUGUCUGUAUAG